AUUACUUAUCUCGGAGCGCAAGGGGGCUGUGACAUUUCAAGCAAAGCCUGUUGGUAAGGGAGUUUCUAUGUGAGCUUUCUUAAAGAAGCACUUCCUUUUUAAUCAUAAUACUGCGUGGGAAAGUAUACCAAACAUUUUUCUCUAAGAGACCAGAAGAUUCACCUAAUUCUUCUGCUUCUAUGGAAAGAGAAGAAAUGCUGAUACAACAUUCUGUUAUGGCUGUAAGCUUUGCAUUUACCUGUACUGUGGAAAGUUAGUUUCUUGUUUUGAGAUGCAUUUCUCAGAAAAGGUUGGUUUUGAAGAUGACUUCAAUAGAAGUGUUGUUGCUGCCCAUGAAAGGGUUCCUUCUGGAAUCUUGUCUCAGACUAUGAACUACGUAGGACAACUUGCAGGACAAGUCCUGGUUACUGUGAAGGAGCUGUACAAAGGCAUUAAUCAGGCAACCCUUUCAGGAUGCAUUGAUGUCAUUGUGGUCCGGCAACAGGAUGGUACAUACCAGUGUUCUCCUUUUCAUGUCCGAUUUGGGAAGCUUGGUGUAUUGCGCUCUAAAGAAAAAGUGAUUGAUAUAGAAAUUAAUGGCGAUGCUGUUGAUCUUCAUAUGAAACUGGGUGACAAUGGAGAAGCUUUCUUUGUACAAGAAACUGAGGAGGAAAAUGAAAAAGUUCCUGCAUAUUUGGCAACAUCUCCAAUACCCACCGAAGACCAGUUUUUUAAAGACACUGGCAAUCAUUUGAAAUCAGGUGAAAAUGAGAGGACAUGUGUAAACUCAGAAAUUCCACACUCUGUGGAAACAGAGACUGUAUUCACCCCAGGUUCUGUGAAAAAGAAAAAAAGGAGAAGAAAGAAAUACAAACAAGAUAGCAGGAAGGAAGAUCAGAUCUCUUCUACUGGGACAGAAGAGAUUUUUGAAAUGGAAAUAAGCACAGAUGAUGAAAAAAGUGUUCAACCCCUAAGAGGAUCCUCAAAUUCAUCACCAAAGGGUGAAGAACAAAAAGAAUCUUUGAUUUAUCACUCGAAGGAUCAUUACCCCUUAUCUGAUGGAGACUGGUCCCCUCUGGAGAACGCUUUCUCUGAGCCAGUCUGCCCUAAAAGUGAUUCAGAACUAGAAGUUAAACCUGCUGAGAGCUUGCUCAGAUCUGAAUCUCACAUGGAAUGGACAUGGGGAGGAUUCCCAGAAUCAACCAAGAUAAGCAAAAAAGAGAAACUGGAACAUCCCAGAACAGCUACCAUUACUCCAUCAGAGAAGACUCAUUUUAGGGUCAUCCUCAGCUCUGAUGAAGUUGAAGAUGAUGAUGAUGUGAAAGAUUCUGUCUGUACAGUACUGAAACCUGAGCCAAGAACUCAUCCUCUGUUUAAGCAGACGGAUGUUAAAGAUUCUCUUGCUUCUGCAAUCAUAGAACCGCAAGAUCCGUUGCCAUUAGAUGCUGAUCAUCAUUCCAGACUGUUGGUGGACCCUUUACCGGAAACAAAGCCAACAGCAAAAAUUGACUCUCCCUCAAAAAAGAAAGGGGUGCACAAGCGAAGUCAUCAUCAGGGGCCUGACGAUAUUUACUUGGAGGACCUAAAGGCUUUGGAACCUGAAGUUGCAGCACUCUACUUUCCCAAAAGUGAUUCAGAUCCAGGCUUCAGGCAGUGGACAGAGUCAGAUACCCUUUCCGGUUCCCAGUCACCCCAAUCAGUAGGAAGUGCUGCUGCUGAUAGUGGUACAGAGUGCAUGUCUGAUUCUGCUAUGGACUUGCCUGAUGUUACACUUUCACUUUGUGGAGGUCUCAAUGAAAAUGGAGAGAUUUCUAAAGAAAAAUUCAUGGAACAUAUUAUUACUUAUCAUGAAUUUGCUGAAAACCCUGGACUCAUAGACAAUCCUAAUUUGGUAAUAAGGAUUUAUAACAGGUAUUACAACUGGGCGUUGGCAGCUCCAAUGAUUCUGAGUUUGCAGGUGUUUCAGAAGAGUUUGCCCAAGGCUACUGUUGAGUCUUGGGUCAAAGAAAAGAUGCCAAAGAAGUCUGGAAGGUGGUGGUUCUGGCGCAAGAGAGAAAGCAUGACUAAACAGAUACCGGAGGCAAAAGAGGGGAAAACUGAGACGCAAAUAGCAAAUGAACUGCCAGCAACUAUAAAAGAGCAAGUUAAUAGUAGACCUCCAGAAGAUGAUUCUUCUAGUGAUGAAGCAUCACAGGAGUUGAAGGAAUCCCUGAAAAUAGAUUCUGCCCCAGUAGAGCAUCCAACCCAUGGGAACUUUACAUCUUACAAGAAGUCACUUAGACUAUCUUCGGACCAAAUAGCCAAGUUGAAGCUCAGAGAUGGCCCUAAUGAUGUUGUGUUUAGUAUUACAACUCAGUAUCAAGGGACUUGCCGUUGCGCGGGAACAAUAUAUCUCUGGAACUGGAAUGAUAAAAUCAUCAUAUCGGACAUCGAUGGAACAAUAACCAAGUCUGAUGCUUUAGGACAGAUCCUCCCUCAGCUUGGCAAGGACUGGACUCAUCAGGGCAUUGCAAAACUCUAUCAUUCCAUAAACGAAAAUGGCUACAAGUUUCUGUACUGUUCCGCCCGUGCCAUUGGGAUGGCAGAUAUGACCAGAGGAUACCUGCACUGGGUGAAUGACAAAGGAACGAUUCUCCCCAGGGGCCCUCUCAUGUUGUCACCCAGCAGUUUGUUUUCUGCCUUUCAUAGGGAAGUAAUAGAAAAGAAGCCUGAAAAGUUCAAAAUCGAAUGUUUGAAUGAUAUCAAGAAUUUGUUUGCUCCCAGUAAACAGCCUUUCUAUGCUGCUUUUGGAAACAGGCCAAAUGAUGUAUAUGCCUACACGCAAGUGGGAGUUCCAGACUGCAGAAUAUUUACUGUGAAUCCAAAGGGUGAACUGAUCCAAGAACGGACUAAGGGAAACAAAUCUUCGUAUUACAGACUAAGUGAGCUUGUGGAACACGUGUUCCCAUUGCUUAAUAAAGAACAGAGCUCUGCAUUUCCGUGCCCAGAAUUCAGCUCCUUUUGCUAUUGGAGAGGGCCUCUUCCUGACCUUAACAUGGAUGACCUGGCCUGAAAAAUACUUCUCACCUAGAGAUGGAAUUUCAUAUUCAGCUACUCAAGUUUAAAUGUGAAGAACUUUCUUAAUGAAGAUGCUAAUUUAUAUACUGGUACCAUAAGUCUUACUAAAGAAAUCACUUUAACUGGGUUGGUUUAAAACAAAGAAAAUGCAAAGCUACUGUCUAAUUUUUUUGUGUGGGCUUUGGUUUUUUUGUUUGUUUGUUUGCUUCUUUAUUGCUUGUCUUUAUGUACCUGUUCUAAGGCACUUGAGAUUGGCCUGUCAUUGAUGGUCAUGGUACCCGAGUGCUUCAGGGCAACUAAAUGCUGAGGUAAACUAUGACUUUGCAUUUUCAUCAAUACAGACCUUAUUGUAAACAUAGAUUUUUUUUUUUUUUUUUUUAAUUAUUAGUCUUAAUAGUAUAUUUUCUAAAAUGAAGCCAAAAAGUGUAUGGAAACUGCCAAAUAGAAUGUCAGACCUAUUAAUAAAAAACGUGGUCUAAUGUUCAGAUGGGCAAUUAGGCCAUUUUUGAAAGGAGCCAGAACCUAAGACCAGUGUGCUCUUUCUCAGCUAAAAUACAGAAAAUGUGUAGAUGUUACUAGCCUGACAGACUCUGAAGACAUAAAAUUCCUCUUUAAAUGUAAGUAUGCCUUUUGGCACAUGUACAAGAUUGUGCUUGUACCGUUCACGCUCAAACUCUGCUUAUUACUUUUUUUUACAUGCAAUGCUUAAACUGUUUCAUGAGCUUGUUAAAAUGAAAGUUGUCUUCAGAUACUUGUGUGGCUUUUGUUGUUUUCAGGCUGCACUAUGUCAUGUUAAAUUUCCAUCAAGAAACAUCUUGAACAUUUCUGUAAGAGUUGGGGAGCUGGCAUUUUUAUUUCCUUUUUCAACACAGAGAUGAUGCAUAUAUGUGUGUGCUGUAUAGGCCAGUAAAAUGUAUGCACAGAUUAUAUUCAGGGAAUUGUAAUACUAAAAAAAUUACGUAUUUAAUUUUUUAAUUGUCUACUGCAGGUCUUUCCAGAAUUCUGUAUUGCAGGUUUUCAGUAGCUGGAAGGAAAUGCAGCUAAAUAGUGAGAUUCCAGGUAUGAGAAUGGUUAAAUGCUGCAGAGCAGAAUAAAACCUUUUUUUUUUUCUUUUUCUCCCCCCCUCCCCCACUUUUUUUUUUUUUUAAAACUCUUGGGUUAUUCAUAAACAUCAUGCUGGUCAUUCCUCAGGUUCAGAUCAGGGCCUGUGAACAAAUUGCAUUCCAAGUCUAGUGUUUAUGAGCUGCAAAAGCAGCUAGUAUUUCUCUCUCCAAAAAUACUUGAAGGCAAAGGUAGUUCUGCUUUUUAAGUUGAGUUAGUGCAUUUAACCUCCUUCGGACAAAUCUAUGGUGAGAAUGUAUGAUUCCACCAGCCCAAAGGGCUUAAGGACGACAGUCAUCUAAACAUCAGUCCUGGGCUUUCUGGGCGCACAGUCUUUUCUGUCACUGCUUAAGCAAGUUCCUGGGGCCAUGCAUGAAAGAACAUGCCAGGGGCAACACCCAGAAUUUCCACCAGGCUCCAGGGCGAGCUCUCCCCCGUACACAGCUCCCAGCGGGAGCAGGGACGUGUGCUGGGAAGUGAGUGAUCUUUAGAAGGCAUGUGUAUGGCUACCUGCCGCAGUGCCUGCACCAGGGCUGCUCUUCUCAGAAACGGCUUGGGCAGGCCCUUCUGCUUCAGCUUACUUGGGCUGAAUGUAGGAAAGGAGCUCUCUUUGCUUCGCUACCUGCAAGAGAACGUUUAGAGGAUUUUACCCCCCGCACAGGAGUAUUGUUCUGUAUCAGGCUGAGUAGUCUUAAGCCCCAGUUCUGAUGUAACACCAGCUAAUGCUAGACAACUGAUGAACUGCCUGGGGGGAUAAUUUUUAGAUCACUGUAUAAAUGAAAUCACUUUUUUUUUUCUUUAUAAAACUCUAGUGUAUUCCCAUGUUUAUGAAACAUUAAAUAAAGAGUGGGGACAAGCAGAAUCAACAUGGAACCUCUCUUUCAAAGCAGGAGUAUGAGAGUGGGAAAGAAAACAUACCUGUCUGUCACGGUGUGCCAUGCGUGUCAGUGAAUUGAAAGGUAUCCUUGUUCUUGUACAGUGAGAACAAUACUUCCUGUGAUUGUUUCAGCAAAUUCUUGGUUCUGUCACCAAUCUACUCAGUGUUUAAGUGGAUUUCACAGGAUUCAACUCAAAGGAUAUUUUGCUCUUACUGGGGUUUUGGGGUUUUUUGUUUGUUCUUUUUUUUUACUGUCAGAAGCUUACAUCAUUCUAUGUUGGUUUUUUUUUUUCCCCUUUUCUUACCUUUUAUUCCAUAGAUUUCAUUAGAAACCGAAAUCUUCAUGAUCACCAAGUGCUUUGAAUAUCAAUGGGAUUUGAGCUUUGAAGUCACUUAAAUACUUUAAAAUAAAUAAGUAAGAAUCCAACAUGAUAAAGUAUUUUAAUUACAAGAUGGAAUAGGCUAUCUAAAGAUUCUAUUUUACAGAAAGGGAGUGAAGCUGCCUCUCCUAAAUGGAUGCCCUUCAUGGAUGUCAAAAUUUUCUUUACCAUGCCUAACUUAUUCUUGGUGGCCCUGGUAUUACACAGGUUUUCUAAAACUAAAAGCACUUCAUGAAACCGGGACGGGUUUCCAAAUGGGACAGAUGGUUACCAAGGUUUGGCUGUAUCUUUCUUGGUUGAUUUUUUUUUUUUUUUUACUUGGUUAAUUUUUUCUCUUCACUUCAGUUCCAUUCCUCUUUUCAGAUUGUCAUAAAGAUAAGCUGUGGAUUUUAAGGUGGGGACUUGAGUAAAUGAGCAGUGUGGAAAAACAGUGUCAAGUAUAUCUCCAAAUGCAUAUAAUUUAAGCUGGUAUGAAUACGGGGGUUGUGUGGUUGUAGAGAGCCCCUCGUUCUGCUAAUCUGUUAUUUUGUGUUAUAGGGAUGUCCAAAAAGUUGCUCAGUUAAAAAUUCUGCUUUUUUGCUCUGUAACAGCUACAGUUUUGAUAGUUGUUUUUUGAUAAAAAGUGUUCUUGAGUAUUUCUGAUGAGAGUAGGGCAGGGUUUUUGUUUUGUUUUGUUUUUCUAAACCUGGCUUGUAUUUGAAGCUUUUCAGAUUGUUUGUUAACUCCGCUUAAGGACAGAAUAUGGGGGCACUGUACCUGUCAUGGCAUACCGAUGUAAUUUGGACUGCUGGGCACUUUACUGACUCUAGAAAAGACAUCUCAUUACUAUCAAACUGUGGGUUUGUGCUGCAAUAUUAAUAUGAAGUGGGGUAAAUAAGAAUUGUGCAUUAGCCUGUCCUUUGUGACCUUCGCUGAGAGAAGUGGCCUGAAACCAAUAUUUGAGAACCGGUUGUGCUAUACUUAUUUAAAAUUAGCGCAAGCUGAAUCAUUCUUUCUGUGAAAGAGGAACUUCUAAGUGUGUACGUCUGUAGGCGCGUGCGCACCACCCCUGUUAAGACUGUGUUGUUGAAGAUGCAGAUCCUCUUAGCGUUGGAACCAUGUCAAAGGCUGAGUCAACGACGCCCAUCUGGGAAUAAAUAAGGAACAUUGCAAUCCAAAACUUGUUAGUGACUUGGACAUUACCCAUUUCUGUAAUGAUUUAAAGAUCAGCAAUUUAAGUGGUACACACUUCUGGAUUUUUUAAUUUUUUUUUUUUUUUUUUUACUGUACCAAGCAUGUUUGUACUUCAAAAGGUUGGGCUCUCACCCCUAACAGUACACAAUUGCAUGUGCAGUCUCGGCUCAUGUUUUCCUUAGCUUCCUGUCAUCACUGUACUCCUUCUGAAACUUCCUUUCAACUGGAGAAGUUUUAACGCUUGUGUCAACUCUGUUACGGAACUUCUGAAGCAAACUCUGAAUCCGCUUAACGGUAAAGACAAAGAGAUGAGAUUUCAUGUUCAUGUUUCAUACAAGUCUUCUAGAAAAUGCUGUUGUUUCAUACAUGAGAGUUGUUUAAAUGACUGUAAUGCAAAUUCAUAAUGAAACAUCAAAAAUACAUAGUGAAUUUGAGAUGCCUUUAAAGUGUCACUUUUGCCUGAAGAAGUUUUAGUUUCCAAAGUUAAAUUCUGCUGAAUAGAAUGGAAUUGUUUUGGAUUUUUUUUUUUUACUGUGUUAAUUACUUCCAGAUGACAGUCAAAACGUUGGUUUAUUUUGAGGGUGGGAAAACUCUCUUGAAUCAUUUGUUUCAUUUUCAUGUUGAAGAUGUGGAAUACUUGAUUGUUAAGCAACCCAAUCACUAACAAGGUAGUGUGUUUAAAAUUGUCAAAUCUGUGAUCAUACCAAUACAGACGUUUUUGUUAAGACUGGACUAUCUUGGGUACAGUAACCCACACUUCAGUGCAAUGUUUAUUGAUGUUCAGAACAAUGUUAUCACAAUAAACAAAUGUAAACUAAAAUUU